AAAGCAAAGCUUUGCUAGCUCGUGCGCGUUUCGAAUCGCAUAAAACACCUACUCAUACACACACACACACACACACACAAACACGCAGACACACACGAUACACUCCGUGACAUCCAAGCCACACACACACACACACACACACAGCACACACACACGUCGAACUUUUGCAUGGUGCCCAAGCAAAAUAUAUUCAAAUGAAUUAUUGUUAAAUAAUCGAGUUCAUACUAAAGGUGGCAAUGAUAAUGAAGCACAAGUAAUGCGAUUGCUGACACUCCGUGAGGGCCAAAACAAUGUCUUAGCCUGUUUUCCAAUGCAACGGUUUUCUUCUGUAUCUGUUUUCCGCAACACCCACAUUGCAAGCUACGAAUAAGUAACAGAAGAACGCGAACGCUAUUUAACAAAAGCUGAUUAUUCAAUUCAAUUUACAGUUAAAAGUGCUUAUCUGAACGUUAAAACUACUGAAAAAAUGAUCGUGCGCCACCGAUCCCGCCGCGCGCGCAUGUUGAACAUGGGCCUGUUGUUCCUGAUCUAUUACUGCGUGAGCAUCUACUCGGCCAGGGGCCAGGACAACAAGCCGGAUAUACCCCUUGACGUUGGCAGCCUGCCCGAAGCGGCCGAUGCCGACGUUAUGCCCGAGAGUGAGAGUUCGACGCCCAAUUAUUUUCUGACCAGCGAAGCAAGUGACGCGGAGUCGGGCACAACCGCGGCCACGCCCAUGCACGGCGCUGUGCCCACUUGGCGGCCGCGUCGCGAUAAUUGUACGCCGCCGGCCAUAGAGCAGUUCCCGCAGCCGUUGAUGAACAAAUGGGCGCGUCAGCAUGGCGGACUCAUUCUACACAUUCUGGUGGCCAUCUAUACGUUCUUUGGCCUGGCCAUUGUGUGCGAUGAGUACUUUGUGGCCAGCCUGGACAGGCUGUGCGAGGAGCUCAAGCUGUCGCCGGACGUGGCGGGCGCAACAUUCAUGGCCGCCGGCAGCUCAGCUCCGGAGCUGGCCACCGUGGUGAUUGGCGUGUUCUUUGCCAAGGACGACAUUGGCAUCAGUGGCGUCAUUGGCUCCGCGGUCUUCAACAUCAUGUUUGUCAUCUCGGUCUGCGCCCUGUGCUCCGGCACCGUUUGCCAGCUGAACUGGUGGCCACUCGUCCGUGAUUGCUUCUUCUACUGCGUGUCCAUAUUGGUCAUGCUGAUAAUCAUCUUCAAUGAUGUCAUCUCUUGCGCUGAAUCUGUGGUUAUGCUGCUCUGCUAUGUGCUUUACUGCAUUGCCCUGCAUUUCAAUACGGAGCUGGAGCGCUGGGCGUUAGGCUUAAAUCUGCCGUUCAAGCUGCCCAGCAAGGAGGAACAAUCGGCCUUGGUCACCUACAAGAAUGUGCCCGAAAGUUCGUACACACAGGGCACACAGCAGAAGGAAUCGGAGACGAGUCCCCAGCAGCAGGCACAGCCAUCGACACAGGGCGACUAUCAGAGCUACAAUGAUCCGAAUGCCAGCUGGGAUCCGAAUGCCGCCUGGGGCGAGGAGGGGCAGAGUCAGUCGCAGCCAACGGCCAUCAGUGUUAAGGCCAGCCAACCGCCGGCGGUCGACGAUUGGGGCAUGAGUCAGUUUACCCAGGGACAAGGGCAAGAGAAUAUGGGCUAUCAUGCGGAUCAGCCGGAACCUGUGGUAACUGGCGAAACGGCUCCAGCAGCGCCCAAGACUCAGGUUGCGGCAGCUCCGGCUGGCGUGGAUUACUACAAGUCGACGGAUAAACAACGUGAGCCACGCCCCGAUCCGUUACUGCGACCCACAGAGGGCGGCAUGCCAGCACUGGUGUCCUGGUAUGUGGUCUAUCCGAUACACUUUUUAUGCAAGAAGACAAUGCCGGAUUGCCGCCAGCUGCAGUAUCGCAACUGGUAUCCAUUCACGUUCCUGAUCUCGAUGGUCUGGAUCUCGUUCUACUCGUACUUCAUGGUCUGGAUGAUAACGGUGAUUGGCUCCACGCUGGCCAUACCGGACACUGUGAUGGGCCUGACGUUCGUAGCUGCUGGCGUUUCUGUGCCGGAUGCCCUAAGCUCAAUAGCCGUUAUCAAAGAGGGCUACGGCGACAUGGCCGUAUCGAAUGCGAUUGGCUCAAAUGUCUUUGAUAUACUAGUGUGCUUAGGUCUUCCAUGGUUCAUACAAACGGCCAUCAUUAAGCCCGGCUCGCACGUCAAUGUUAUAUCCAAGGGUCUGGCCUAUUCCACGCUCUCGCUCUUCUCCACCGUUGUCUUCUUGAUAUUGUCGACGCAUCUGAAUGGCUGGAAGCUGGACAAGCGCUUGGGCAUCAUACUGAUGAUCUGGUAUUUGUUUUUCAUAACGCUGGCGGCGCUCUACGAGAUGAACGUCUUUGGUUACAUGAACCCACCAGAGUGUCCCAGCACCUACUAAACAACUGACUACCAUCUGAUCAGAUUAAAUAGCAGACAGCACCUAGAUUCGCAUCACCAGCACCAAUUACGAGUACCAUAUACAUAUUUAUAAGUACAGGCAUACAUACUACAUACCAACAUACGAAAUCUUAUACAUACAGUACUUAGCCGCAGCAGCAAAAAGUGUACCAACAGGAACAUGAAUAUAUAUAUAUGUAUAUAUAGAUAUAUACAUAAAUGCAUACACACACAUAUAUAUAAUUAAUGUAAAGGUUACUCAAAGCGCAUUUUACAUGGAUUUUUACAUGCACCAAAUGAACGAGAACGAAUAAUGAAUAUAUAUAUAUAUAUAUCUACGAUAUAUUAAAAUAAUAGAAAAAGAUACACACAUGUGUAUUUAUAAAAGACAAACUCCAUAUACAACAACAAUUAUAAGCAUGUAGCACUGUAGAUAGGGAGAAUUGUAUUAAAUUAAGUACAAGUAUAAACAAAACGGCAAAUCAAUGAUAUUUGUUGUCACGGUUUUAUGGAACAACAACUAACUAACAGAAAAGGAACAACGCAAAAUUUCAGAUGAACUAAACACAUCUCCCCCCUACCCCCACACACACAAUCAUCGUUAAUAUAUGUUGUAAGUUAGGCAUUGAUUUUUGAGUUAAAAUGUUUGGUUUUUCAUUUAACUGAAAUGCUUUGAACUUUGAACGUUAACGCUGUUACCUGCUGCUGCUUCUGGACCUGUGAACUGGGACAAUCUGCGAGAAUCUGGGAGAAUCUGCGAGAACCUGCAAGAACCUGGAAGAAACUCGGAAAUUAUACGUGAAUAGUUCCAGACAGCAGCAGUAACAGUAAA